AUGCCAGCAAUGGCCACAGAAGCGGCGCGGUGCGAAGAACUGUGCAAGUCGACACCUUGCGACGGGGAAGCAGAAGCUGCCAUGGCGCUCGCGCGAGUUAUGUUGCCGAAGUCCCUGGCGCAUCUCGACACGCGGCAUCCGAACCAGUGCGGUAUUGCUGCGACAGUGCUAAGGUUGCUGCGAUGCACGAGCAUCCAGCGCUGUGGCCAUCUUUGGUUUCUCCUCACCCUGGUUGUGGGCAAAAAAACGCCCAGACCUUCCUUCUUGGAGCUUCGGAGACAAGAGGUCUGGCUGAGCUUGGAGCAAAAUAUGACCGGCAGGCUUAGCACGAUCCGCUCGGCUGAACUCAGGAGGAAGCUUCAGAGUUGCGAGAUUCCCGCGAGACAUUGGUCUUUUGGACACAAUGUCACUGACCUGCAUGGUAUCGAGUCAGAAUCAACAUUCAUGUUGUAUGGCGACAGCACAGAGUAUUUCCAGAAAGCAAACGUUGAGCCGUUUGCUCGCCACCUAGAGUGCUAUGCCAAAGCUCGAGGUAUGAGGUUCGUAGUCAACACAGACGGUUUGCCCAUACACAACACGGUUUUGCACAGCAUCGGCGCGAGUGCCGACAAAGAUUCUGGCUGGUAUUUUUCCAUCCGCGAGGAGGUGCCACAAGGUACUGCGGAUGCAUUCGCGUCUUUAAUCUGGAGGACACUUGCAGCUUCCGAGCUGCACCUCCUGCCGAGAGUUGCGGAUCACUCGCCAUCCUUGCAUGUGAAUUGGAGAGAACCACUUGUGUGGGGCAAGAUCUGGGUGAUGGAGGACGAGUUGAGGAGAAUGAAAGAUGGGGCGUUCCUUGUCUUCUGGGACUCCGACGUGACCAUUCGGCCCGAUAGUUGGCACCGUGGCAUUGUGGAGUUGUUGUUGAACAGGUCGGCGAGUAGACCAUACGGCGAAGAGAUAGGGCACGUCUUUGUUGCAGAUACCUUCCCUGGUUCAGAGUGUGUAAACAGUGGGUUUACUGCCUUUCGAAACACCGAGUUUAGCAGAUUCUUGCUGAGCCUCUGGAAAGAGAAGAUUUCCUGGGCUGCGACUUGGAAUCAGGGUUCUUUGGCUGAGACCAUUCUCGAGAUUGUGGGCCUUGAGGCACAUCAUCGAACAAAAGGUCGUCUUAAAUACCGCCACACCUGCCUGCCCUUGAUGUUGCCCGACAUGACCGGCGUCAUGUCUUACAGAAGCUAUUGCGACUGUUGGCACAAAGAGUUAGAGCGGCUUGCUGGACGAUACAGGCAGCGCAAGAGCCGCAUCGUCAGCUUUGUCGACCCCGAAGCUGUAGCCGUGAACUUCGUCGCCCACAACCUCUUUGUCCAUCACGACAACAACCUGAAGGGCAUGCGUUUGGUCACUUGGCCAACAAAAUGGACAACCCAAUGGCUGCCGGAAUCUACGAACAAGUCAUCCUGGAGGCUUCAGAAGCCUCUGACGCCCUUGGCAGUGCAUUGGGCGGGCAUUGGCUCAGGGCGCUUGAAGCUCAUGAGGGAGUAUCUGCGAAACUUCGGCUUGAGUAUUCAAGGCUGCCCACAAAGUUCCAAGGAGUGGUCCGACUUUGGGAGUGGUGCUCGACAGCUGCGGUGCUGCGAGCGGUUUUUGCAGACCUUGGCUGAGGAACCUGAAACGAAGCUGGAGCCCUGGAGCGCCGGGGACAUCGGCUGCCACGAGUGGUCUCCGGUGCGCCGGGAAGACUGCGCGAAGAUUUUUGGUGCGGCUUGGCAGGAGAUGCUGUCAGCACUCGAGGCAUCGCAGCAUGGGCAAGAAGAGCAGAGAAGCGAUUGA